AUGGAUUUUUUGAAACUGAAUAGACCUUCAGUAGACAAGAUCCGAAAGCAUGGAACCGAGAAGUUCCGUGCAAAUAAAGAUGACGAUCCCAAAAGGGCAGAGUUCUGGCUUGAGAAUACCAUCAGGGUAUUCGAUAAAUUAUCUUGUACUUUCGAAGAAUGCUUGAAGUGUGUCAUAUCCUUGUUGAGUGAUUCGGCAUACUACUGGUGGAAAACAUUAGUUUCAGUAGUACCUCACGAGAGGGUUACAUGGGAAUUCUUUCAAGAAGAAUUCCGGAACAAAUACAUUAGUGAAAGAUUCAUGGAUCAAAAGCAUAAGGAAUUUAUUGAUUUGAAACAAGGCCGCAUGAUGGUUACUGAAUAUGAAAGGGAGUUCAUCCGACUUAAUAAGUAUGCUCAGGAGUGUGUGUCCUCCGAGGCCAAGAUGUGUCGAAGGUUUGAAGACGAACUUAAUGAGGAUAUCAGAUUGUUAGUUGAUGUCCUUGAAUUAAAGGAGUGGUGCUCGUUAAUCAAGCUUGUAAGGCCAAAGAAUUAA